AAAAUCACUGUGACGUGAGCUUCAUUUUCUCGACACUGGGGUGUAAAAAUCACGAAUUUGUUAUUAUUACAGGAUAUGAACGAUCAAAGUUAUUGCGACGAUUUAACUGAAGGGAAGUUCAGCUUCCCUAUUAUACAUGCCCUUAAAUGCGGUAAUAGCCAGAAAAUAAUGGAUAUUCUAAAACAACGAAUUAUCGAUACCGAUCUUAAAAAUAAUUGUGUGGACUUGUUGGAGGAACUUGGUUCUCUCAAAUACACGAGGAACACACUGGAAACACUGGAUAAAAAAAUAAGAAGAGAAAUCGAACGUUUAGGAGGAAAUCCAGGUCUAGUAAAGAUGCUGGACGAAUUCAAGAACGAGGUGUUGUGCGGUACUGCUAAGGUUACAACUAAAUUUUAAAACGUCGAAUGUUUCGUGCAAAAAAUAAUGAUUAAUUUUCGUUUAAAAAAUUGUCCGGGCAAUCGUAUAUUUCGUUUUUACAAGAUACAUUAUACCACAGAAUAGAUUGUUAUGUAAAGUUGAACAUUUAUUUCUCAUUGAGAUUUAAUCUCGCAUAUUUUCAGAUUGUUUGUUAAUUUUCUCUUUACAUAAUUAUACAUAUUGUACAAUAUAACAUUACUAAUUGUAAGUAUAUUAAGUAAUUGUAAAUCACUUAUUUUAUUUGUAAGCCUUAUUUAUCGCUAUAUGUAUCUCUUAUUGUAACUUUUUGGCGACAGUAUCAAUAGUAUAAUUAAAUUUCUUAUUUAAUAUUUUUGCAAUACAUUUUAUUUUUUUUAAAUAUCAAAAAAUGGAGUUUUUUUUUCAGCGUGACUUUUCUAUAUAAAUAAAUUCACCGAGUAAAAGACUUUUAGAAAGUAUUUAUUAGCAAUUUUAUAUACUGACAAUUUAAUAGCAUAACGAAUGAUCCUUUAUAAUGAAAUUUUACGGCUGUUUUGUACAUGUCAUGCAAUUAUACAUUAUACAUUUAUAUCUAUAUUUAUAUAUCCUAAAAGACAUAACGUAUAGAAAAUUAUACUUAUAUUAUACUUAUAUUAUAGAUUAUUACAUGUAACUAACAAGUGUCUAGCUAAGAAAAAUAUUCGCGUAUAUUCAUUCCUUCACGUGCACGCAUAGAGAUAGGAUAUCUCGCAUCGUUUUUCCUAUUUCGCAGAUUUGUAAAUCUAUAAAUUCAAUUUCUCUCUCUCUCUCUCUCUCUCUCUCUCUCAUCUUGUCUUUAUUCUUAAAUUUACCGAAUCUCUCAUGAGAUGACUCCUCCGAAACUCUCUCAAUUUACACCAUUUUAAAAGGCAUUAUUCGGCCUCGUACAUUUCUCGCAUUCGUUCUUGUCGCAUAUGUAA